UCACCAAUCACACACAUUUUAGUUCAAUGUCCGACUCUACGGAUCCCCAGGCCGCCACCUCCAAGUCAAACCUGAUCAAGGUACACCAUGUGGGUGUAACUGCCCAGAUGCAAUCACCACUCCAGAGACUCCUGCCCCGAAUGAGUUCCUCCAGUGAUUCGGAAGCGUUCCAAAACUCGCAUACCCAGUACAACAUGUUCCAGAACGAUUCGCGCGAAGACGCCUCCGAGUCCACAGGGGCGGGGAGUUCGCCACGAACCCUCUAUGAAAUGCACGCCGAGCCGGAAAAGAGCAUCCUCAGCCAUUCAAAGUUGAAGCCGCAACGCAUCGAGUUCCAGCGCUACUCCAAGAAACGGCCGCGCCUUAUAGCGCCCUCGCGGCCACCCAAGGGGCGCUCCAAGUCCAACAAGGCCUCCCAGGUGCAGAAGCACCAGGGGGGAUUCAUGGCUCGGCUGGUGCAAUCUCUGGACAACAUGUGCAAGUGCUCGCCUCAGCACACAAACAACAUCAUCGACGAUCUCCCAGAGCCGAAGUGGAACCGCAAGGAGGCCACCAAGCACACCUGCAUCGGCAUCUAUCCCUUCGAGCAUGGUUGUGCCGAUUAUCUAAGCACCACGGACACGCAUCCAAAGAUAAACUCCAUUAUCCUGGCGGACCGGGCCACCACAUAUGCCACCCACUUUUGGGCUGAGCUGUUCGGUCUGCUCCACAUUGCAGUGGCUUUUGUGGUGGCCUUCAUCCUGCAGAGCUAUCGCUUCGUCCUGUACUGCCUGGUCAACUCCCUGAUCGUGGGACUGCUGCACAUGACCUCGGAUUAUAUGGUGAAGCCGUUCCUGACCGUGGUCUUCAACGGAUUCGUGCAGCCGCCGUUGAUAUUUGUGUACAAUAUCCUGUGCUCGGUGAGGGAUAUCCUGGAGCCGGUGGCCCAGACCCUGGACCACUUUAUGCAGCCCCUGGCCACCGUGGGACGUAGCUUUCGAUUGGUCGAUGUCAACUAUCGCAAAAUCCAGCGACUCUCCAAAGAAGUUUAAGUUUUGUUUCCGUUUUUAGUUUGUUUUUCAGUUUUAUUAAAAUUUCUUCAAUGUUUCGAUGAA